UGCACAGACGGUAUCUUACAUUUUACACAGUCACAUUUGCUCCUGUUUAUAACCCAACUUUCCACUUUAAGGCCAGAAAACAUGUAUUCAGUGCGAUAUUUCUCAAGUCAAGUGACCAAAACCGUGCUAAUUCAAGCAACGCGUCUGAAUUCGAGUGUCCCUCAAGCCCAGGAAGUCACACCCCCGUUGGAGGCUCAAAAAGCCGUGUUGAAUCACCCGGAUUACUUCCACGUGCACGAUUUAUUCACAGUUGGGGACUUGUUCAACGCUCGGGUUCACUACGGCCACAAGGAGGGCUCCCUCAACGAGCGAAUGUUGCCCUACAUUUACGGCAGCCGUUUGGGGCACAUAAUCUUCGAUUUGGACAAAACUGCCGAUUAUUUACGUCGAGCGCUCAAUUUCACCGCACAUGUGGCUUACCGCGACGGCAUAAUCCUGUUUCUGUCGCGGGGGGCCCAGAAUUCGCAUUUGGUGGAGAAAACGGCGCGCGAAUGCGGGGAAUUCGCACAUACGCGGUUUUGGCGCGGGGGAAUUUUCACCAAUGCGACGAAACAGUUCGGGGCUGUGACCAGGUUGCCCGAUUUGUGCAUUUUCCUAAACACUUUGAACAAUGUUCUGUUGCAACACACGGCGGUCAGGGAUUCGGCCAAAAUGGGGAUCGCGACCGUUGGGAUUGUGGACUCCAAUUGUGAUCCCAAUUUGGUGACGUUUCCGGUGCCCGGAAAUGACGACACCCCCGCCAGCGUUGAACUGUACUGCAAGCUUUUCAAAGCGGCCAUUUUGAGGGGCAAGGAGAGGAGGAAAAAAGACAUGCAACUCUAAUUCGCUUUAUUGUACAUAUUUUUUUAGUCAAGUUUAAAGAAAAAAAAAAGAAGAAAAAAGAAGUAACACCAUCACCACUUAUUUGCUAUUAAUCUCAGAAACGGGAAAUAAUGUUAGUGGAAAAAUGUGCAGUCCAUCACCACUUCAAAGUUUUUGCUUACCCUGGAAAAAAUUAGAAUAGCAUGAAUGUAAGCACCAGUGUCGUCAGCUCAAAAUUAAAAUCACCAGAUCUGAGCAGAAAAGUUACCAGAUUUAUACCUACAUAUCUGCUCAAAAACGCAAAAAUAGGUAACACCACUUUUUUGGCAAAUUUUUAAUUAAAUUUUGCGAAAUACCGGGUGUUGGCAACACUGAAUUAUUGGUAAUCCUUCGUUAUAGCAGUUGUUUCAAGUGACGGCUAAACCAUCAGUAGCGCAAAUGAAUGACAAUUGUUUAUAAAAAUUUGACGUUUGAUUUUGACAGUCAAGGUUGCUAAAUUAAAUUUUUGUGACACCAAAUUAUUUACGCGAUAUUUACGGUUUUACAUGAAAAACAUGCUAAAACACUUGAUAAAAGCAAAAAUAAUGAUGUUUUUUUGGUUUGUUUUAGCAAAAUUUUGCAAUUAACACCAUUUUCGACCAUAUUUUGUAUUAUUUUUUUUUUGACAAAAUU